AUGGCCGACGUCGAUAUGGCUGGAGAAGUUAACGGAGCAGGUCAUUCAUGGGCAGCUAAAUCUGUAGAAGGAUGGAUCAUAAUUGUAACAGGGUUAAACGAGGAGACCACGGAAGAGGACUUACAAGAUCUAUUCGGUGAUUAUGGAGAAGUCAAGAAUCUUUCGAUGGCAUUGAAUAGACGUACGGGUUAUGUCAUGGGUUACGCAUUAAUAGAGUUCCCAGAGAAAGAGCAAGCAGAGAAAGCUGUAAAAGGUACAGAUGGAACGACCUUCCUGGAACAGACAAUCAAGACCGACUUUGCAUUCUCGAAAGCACCUUCAGGAGCUCGAUCGCGUGCGCCUGCAUCUGGCGCUCGAAGGACAGGUAGAGAUAGAGAGGCUUCACCUAGUAGACGUUAA